GACUUAUUUGCAUUCGGCCACGCAUCCCCUUGAAUCCCACUUGCAAUACAGGAAAUGAAAUGCCCCGCCACUCUGCUCUCCCUUGUCUACUUCUCCCCAGUCGCAUUGUCAUUGAGCCAGCGCCAGAUCGCCACAGAUCCUUCUGGCAAUAGUGCUGUCAUCCCAGGAUCUCUCCAGGGCGAUGGCGCCGGACAGCCACCAUUUGACACCAGUGCCCAGCAGCCGAUUUCUGAUCCUGGCGAUGCUGCCGGGCUGUUCCCAUUUGACGGCAACGGCCAGUCCCUGCUUUCUGCUGGAGAUUUCCAACAGCCCUCUGGUAGCAGACAGCCGCCAUUUGGUAGCCCUGGUCAGCAGCAACCCAAUGACACUAGCCAGCAGCCUGGAAGCAGGCCCAACACCAAUCUGCAACAGCCCACCGGCACCACCCAACCCCAGAGCCAGCCCACAGCUGUCCAGGACUCUGCUUCGUCAUCGCAGACCAUUCCAGCGUCAAUUCUAGAGCGUAUGUCGAGCCUGUUCAACUUUGGCCAGGAAGUAUCCCCCAACCCUGCUCCAUCUGGCGUGCAUCCUGGCCAGUCUGUGUCAUCGCCUUCCCGGAGCGCUGAGCUGCGCACCGAUAGUCUCUCCACGCAGCAGGAGGAAUCAGCAGAGACGCCCGGGGACCUCCACGCCAAUACGGGCAAUGUGGGCAGGUCGGUGGCUGCGUGCGCUGUGGCUGUUGCCGCUGCAUGCAUUCUUUCUGGAUCCAUCUAA